AUGGCCGCCCCCAACGAUGCUGAGCAUGAGAUGACCUUCGACUCGGCCGAUGCCGGUGCCUCGACCACCUACCCUAUGCAGUGCUCUGCUCUGCGUAAGAACGGUUUCGUCGUGAUCAAGAACCGACCUUGCAAGAUCGUCGACAUGUCGACCUCCAAGACCGGAAAGCACGGUCACGCCAAGGUCCAUCUCGUCGCCACCGACAUCUUCACCAACAAGAAGUACGAGGAUCUCUCCCCCUCUACUCACAACAUGGACGUUCCCCACGUCUCUCGUCGCGAGUACCAGCUUCUCGACAUCUCCGACGACGGUUUCCUCUCCCUUAUGACCGACGACGGUGACACCAAGGAUGAUGUUCCUCUGCCCGACAACGAGAUUGGCCAGAAGAUCACCAAGCUCUUCCGAGAGGAGGAGAAGGACACCAACGUUAUUGUCCUUACCUCCAUGGGCGAGGAGUGCGCCAUGGACGCCAAGGAGGCUCCCGGCCAGAACUAA